GCAACAGGUAACAGCUCAAGUCUUAAGUGAUGACGGAGGUACAUUUUAAGUACCAUGGAAAUCUCACUGGGCGAGCACAUUUUCCCACUCUGGCAACAGAGGUUGACACCACGUCAGAUAAGUAUUCCAACCUGUACAUGUAUGUGGGCUUAUUCUUGAGCCUCUUGGCCAUUCUUCUCAUCCUGCUCUUCACAAUGCUUCUCCGGCUCAAACAUGUCAUCUCACCCAUCACCUCUGAGAGCACAGAAAGUGUUCCUCAAUUCACAGAUGUAGAGAUGCAGAGUCGAAUCCCCACUCCUUGAAGCCAGGAUGAAGGUGAGCUUGAGUACAUUUCAAAAAACUCUUGUAUGUUAAUGUCCAGGAAAGUUUGCUUUCUUGCAUGAAGUUUCCCAUGGAGCGAAUCAACAAGUUUUUCAUUUAAUAGCAAGCAGUUCAUAUUUUGUUAUUCUUCAUCUUGACUCUGCUUGUGGGAUAUCUAAGAAGCUUAAGACUCAUUAUUUGAAAGGAAUAUAUG